GGGUACGCGCGGCGUGCGCACGCUUAAUUCCCUAAAAAUCGUGUUUUUUCAGAGCACCUCAAUAGUUUUUCGAUCCGAGAAAGGUGCAUGAUUUCGUACUGAUUUGCUUUCGGAAGCAAGCACAAACAGUCACCACAUUUCACCAUAAGAAGGGUGGUUGGACUCAUCCUCAGUCGCGAGUUGGAUUCCGAAGUGAACACAUCCUCUUUUUGAAUACCGUGUCAUUUUGGUGGGGAAGACUGACAAGACAUAAAAGACAGACGGUCUUUUUUCGGCAUCGGAGGAAGUGUAAUGAGAGCAGGUGUUGUGCGAUCGAAUCCAAAUUGAGUGACUUGGAGAGCUCGGGAGUGGAAGUAGGGGGAUUUUGGCUCAUCAUCACAAGGGGAUAAAAACCGAGCCCGUCCGAGAAUGGGAAUAAAAUCCUAGUGUCACAUUUGCAUUUCUACCAGUUUAAAUCAAAACCGCCAUGGGACCACUCGGCAUCAACAUUGUCUUUGUCCUGGUUGUAUCAUUGGCCACUCACACUAAGAUCUCGCAUGCUCAAAAUUGUCCGGGCUCUAAUCGGAUCGAGACGUUUGACAAAGUUACUGGCGUUACCAUAAACGGAGUUCGUCAACGACAGCUCUAUACCAGCAUUGGCAACACAGUUACCGCAGAAUGCAAUAAUCGCUGCCGAUCAUUUCCGAAUUGCACCGGAUUUCUCAUUAACUAUGAGGAUGAGGCUUGUUAUCGAAUGGAGACCAAUGUGGAGGACAUUCGUGCAAAGAUCGUGCCAACAACUGUAAAAUCUAACUACUUUGAAAAAGUCUGCCUAAAGGGGCCCGGCUGUGAUAAGGCUUGGAUCUUUGAACGCGUUCCCGGUUUCGAAUUGGACGGAUACGACGAUAAGACCAUUGAGAAUGUGGGAGACCGCGUGACUUGCCAAGACUUAUGUCUGGAUGAGACAAAGCUGCCUUGCCGAUCGAUCGAGUAUGAUUAUUCCCAAAAGGUCUGCCGUCUCUCCACACAAACCCGAAGAUCGCAACCCGCAUCCUAUAGACCCACCACUGACGACGUGGAUUACUUGGAAAACCAAUGCCAACCCGAGCCCACGAGCGAUCAAGCUUGCCAUUACCUCGAGUACGACAAUCAAGAUCUCGGAUAUGCGGAUCUUCAGAGUAAAGCCACCUCCAAAGACGAGUGCGAGAAACAGUGCGAUAGCACGAUUGUGUUCAAUUGCCGGUCCUAUACGUUUUUCCCGGAAACUUCAGUGUGUCGCUUGAGUGGGGAUGACAACAUUUCAGCCGGACCCACGGCCCUCGAGAUCCGAGAAGGGGCCAAUUAUUACCAACGGGCACCCUGUGUUGAUUCUAUGCAUCCCCUCAAAUAUGCUACUACUACUACUACUACUAAUGAGUCAGAGGGGAAUCUCCGGCGAUUUCCCCGACAGACUAGCGAGGAGACCCCUCCGUCUAAUCAGAUUGACGAUGAAGAUCUCUUUGACUAUGACUACAAUGACACUGCACCCAUCUUUAACCUGAGUCUGGUUUGCACGGCCACGUCCAUGACCAUCACUCUGAACACAGAGGAGGCGUUCACGGGGAAACUCUUUGCUUUCCGCAAUCCAAAGCAAUGUGCAAUUAGAGGGACGGGAACCACGCAGACGGCCUUGACAUUUGAGUAUGAAGAUCCCAAUCAGAGGUGUGGCACGGAACGCGAGGCCGAGGGCGUGUUUACCAAUACUAUCGUGGUCCAACAUCAUCCAAUCAUCCAGCAGAAAGGCGAUCGAGCUAUCAAAUUGUACUGCUUCUUCGAGAUUGCGGGCGACAAGGUGGUCACCAACAGCUAUGACGUCAUUGCCGAAACCGUGGACGGGGCAGGCCCUCGGGACCCGUCCGAUCCCAGAAGCGAUCCUGGGAUCCCCACGUCCAUUGUCAAUGGGACUGCUCCUCAGCCUCAAGUUCUCUUGCGUAUCGUCAAUGCUGAGGGCCAGGAUAUCACGGGCACCAAAUUGGGCGAGCCCUUGUUCCUACGUAUCGAAUUGGAUGGCGAGAGUAUCUUUGACAUUUUCGCCCGGAAUCUAAUCGCUCAAAGUGGCUUGGAUGAUGAAGAGAUCAAACUCUUGGAUGAAAGGGGUUGUCCCACCGACCCGGUUUUCCCGGGACUGCGCAAGGAAGAGGAAACCGGAGCCUUGCUCGGCCGCUUUGAGGCAUUCAAGUUCAGUGAAACUUCAGUGGUCAACUUUCAAGUGAAUGUUCAAUUCUGUCAGGAUCGUUGCAAUCCCGUGGAUUGUGGAGAGGGCGUGCAAUCAUUUGGAAAGCGCCGAAGAAGGCGUGACACUUCGAAUAAAACCGAGAUCCCUGAGGAACUGGCUGAAAAGCUAGUGUAUGACCCGGAUUUGAACCAGGAGAUCAUUUACUUCGCCACUCCCCUGAGGAAGCAGAUCCGCGUGGAUUCAGGCACCAAAGUGGACGAGUUCAAGGACGAAUCCGAAAUUAGAACGGCCGGCAAUGGAGUGUUUGUUGAAGGCGAGUUCGAGGCGGAUGACGUUUUUUGUGCUAGUUGGACCGUAGUCAUCGUCACUGCGGCCGCAUUUGUGUUCCUUCAAUUCUGUAUCCUCGUGGUGUGUGUCCUCUGUAUAUUUGCCAGCCGUCGAUCUCGCAAGGAAGAGUAUGAAGAGCAUUAUGCGGCAAUCCGGCGGGAUCAUCCAUCAUCUACUCUGUCGCAGAGCGGUCGAUCUGAGAGCUUGUACCAAUUGUCUGGCAGCACCUAUGGACCGGUCAUGGUUCGUCCCGUGAGCCCCCAAGGUCCUCAUCCAGGAUUGCCAGGUAUGGUCAAUACGGCUCAUUACGUCCGAGGAUCUAGCUCACCCAAAAGCACUCUAAGAUCGCUGCGGACUUCCUACCGGGACUAGCGGAUCCCUGGCAUUAUUACUGUGGGAACGAGGAUCAAAUCAAGGGCAUUUCUCAUUCCGAGACCGUUACCAACGAAAACGAAACAUUACACUAAGUGCACUGAAUGGAAAAAGUGCGCUUGCAAAAUGAAAAAAGAUUAAAAAUGCAACCUACUACUAUCGUACUCUAUACCAAAGCGGCCAUUUCCCCACAUUUCUGACCUUGUACAUGUUCCUGUGGACGGUCACGAAUGAUAAACAAGUAAAAGAUGUUUUGAUUGUGUACCGAAGAUAUCAGAUCACGCCCAGUGAGAGCUAAGAAUGAUUGUUGACCCCGAACUAAGUCUUUCUGAAUUGAAGUGCUUGUGAAUGAAGAAAGCUACGUCAAUAAACGAAAAAUCGGUU